UUGUUGCAGAAAUGGUUAAGGAGAAUGAGGUGCCACAGGCAGCCCUGGGCACCCUGGCCCACGGGACAGGAGACAGCUGCCACUCGCCCACGGCCGAGGAGGAGGUGGGCAUCCCGAUACCAGCACCGGGGCUCCUGCAGGUCACAGAGAGGCGGCAGCCCCUGAGCAGCGUCUCCUCCCUGGAGGUGCACUUUGACCUCCUGGAUCUCACUGAGCUGACAGACAUGUCCGACCAGGAGCUGGCUGAGGUCUUUGCUGACUCGGACGACGAGAGCCUGGCCAGCGAGUCGCCAGCAGGCCUGCACCCACUACCCCGGUCUGGCUGUCUGCGCUCCCCCUCCUGGACGCGAACCAGGGCCGAGCAGAACCGAGAAAAGCAGCCACUUGGUGACCAGGAGCGCCAACCAGCAAUUGUGGACACAUUUCUCACCGUGGAGAGACCCAAGGAGGACUAG